AUGUCGGCCGCCCUGAACAACGACCAGGAGGACCGAGCUGAGCGCCCCAGCCGCCGAUCCAGAGCGCCGAUUGAACGGCGCCUCGCUAGGGCACCAUCGCGCUCGGCCCCCCUCGCCCACCAAAGGCUCUUGGACUACCGAAGGAUUUUGGAAUUGUGGAUUCCGCUCAUGCAAAUGAGAAGACCAGGACUCCUCCUCCCUUUCUUGGCUUUUGCGCUGCUGAACACUCAGCAGGCCAGCUCCUAUGGCUUCAGGAACUGCAUCCAGACCAUGGAAGACCCGGGGAACUUCAAAUGCAUGCACCGCUUCCUGGAUUCGAUCUCCAGCGCUGUGGGCGACCUCCCCCACAACACAACGGUGGUCAACGCGUCCCACAACUCCAUCCAGUCCUUGCCUUAUGGGAGCUUCCUCCACCUGCCGAAGCUGCAGAUCCUGCAGCUCAGCUGCAACAAAAUACAGAGCAUAGAAGGCGGCGCCUUUGAAAAUCUCAUGGCCUUGGAGACGCUCAACCUCUCCUCCAACCGUCUCAUAAAUGUCUCCCAAGAUAUGUUCCGUGGCUUGGCCUGCCUCACCUACCUCCUCUUAAACAAUAACCAGCUGAAAACGAUAGGUCCAGAUACCUUUGGUCCGUUACAGAACCUUUGGAAACUGGAGCUCCAGUUUAACGUUCUGGAGAACUUUGAUGAAGUGCUUCAGGGCCUUCAGAACCUGACGAGGCUGGAACAUCUGGAUUUGUGCAACAAUAACCUGGCCUCCCUAAAGUCCAUCGGGAGGCUUCCCGAGUCCCUCUUUACCCUCUUGCUUUGUAACAAUUCCCUGAGUAGGAUGGACGUGGAAGAGAGCAGAUUCCUGAGGAACGUAAAAACGCUGGACCUGUCCUACAAUAACAUCUCCAAUGCCUCUUCCUUCGAUACAGUCAGGCUCUGUAAUCUUAGCACUCUGAAGCUGAUGGGAAAUGGAAUAGAUGUUUUCCAGCUCUUGAAUGUUUCCGAUCUACGGGCUCCUAGUUUGGACUACUCCGGGCUGCGCUUGCAUACCUUUUCCCAAUUGCAAAGGGUUUGCCAGAAACUCAGGAAAUAUAACGUUUCCCUGAAUCUACGUAUGCAGAGCAACAGCCUCAGGAACCUGAGCAGCAAUGUCUUCUCUGACUGUCCACCUAUCCAGCUGCUGGAUCUCUCAAGGAACCGCCUCAGGACUGUGGGAUGUGUAGGCGAACUGUUCAACAAGACAGUGCCUAAGCUGCAGACCUUGACUGUCGAGCACAACCUACUAAACAGACUGAGGUCCUGCCAUAACAAAAUUGUCUUGCAAGAACUAAGGGAUAUCUCCUUCCGCUUCAACCGCAUCCUCUUGGUCAGUUCUCGUGCUUUCGACUAUGCGCCUAAUUUGGACAGACUCCAUCUCAACAUCAACAACAUCGCCUACCUGGACAGAAGGGCCCUGCAGGGUCUCCACAAACUCCGGGAGCUGCGCUUAGACAACAACCUUCUAACUGAUCUCUACUACCUCAGCUUCGAUAACCUGAACAAUCUCCGGACACUCAACCUCCGGAACAACCGUAUCUCCGUCCUCUUUCCCCUAAUCUUCCACAGCUUGGGGAAGCUCCGUAUCUUGGACCUGGGUGGGAACAACAUCCGCAGGUUUACCAACAGGUCACUCGAGGGGCUGAGGAGUCUCUCCAACCUCUACCUGGACGGCAAUCGCAUCGAAUACAUUCACUCGAACGAUUUCAUCGCUGUACAGAGCACUCUGAGAGUGCUGGACCUGAAGGGUAAUCAGAUAACCUACAUCAGCAUGCAGCAACACAACGCACCUCCCUUCUCAAACCUGAGCAAGGUCUACGAUCUUAAGCUUCAAGCUCAGCAGCCUUACGGCCUGAAAAUCAUUCCGCCCAAGCUCUUCCAGGGCCUUACUUCCCUGCGCAACCUCUACCUGUCAGAGAACAAGAUCCUCUCGAUUUCGCCAGACGCAUUUGAUGACUUAAGAAAGCUGAGGUAUCUAACCUUGGCUGACAGCAGUAAUGGCAUGGGGAAUCUCCCCCCCGGGAUAUUCAAAAAUCUUAGAAGACUGACGAGCCUCAACCUGGAGAACGCGGGCAUCCGCACGUUGACCCUGGAGGUCUUUGGCAACCUCAGCCGACUCCACUUCCUCCAACUAGGGAAAAACGAAAUGCAGACAAUCAACAGCAGCGUUUUGGAGCAUCUGACUUCGCUGAGAUGCCUUGACCUCCGCAAAUGCCCUCUGGCUUGCACCUGUGAUAACAUUUGGUUCCAGGAAUGGCUGAAGAAUGACCGAGUGCAGGUGGUUUACCUGUACAAUUACACCUGCAAUUCCGGGCAGAAUUCCAGUUACAUUUACAGUUUCGACACCCGGGUCUGCUACCAAGAUGUGGGGAAGUACCUGUUCCUGAUCACCUUCCCCAUCUUGGUGCUUCACAUGAUACUCCCGUUGCUCUACCAGCACACCUACUGGCACCUAAAAUACCACUUAUAUAUCCUGAGAGCUUGGGUCAACAAUCGUUGGAGGCGGGACGAGGGCAAGCGUUACAAAUUUGACGCCUUCGUCUCUUACAAUUCCACCGACGAGAAGUGGGUGCUGGAGCACCUGGUACCCACCCUGGAGGGCGGAGAAGCCCCCGUCUUCCGACUAUGUCUUCACCACCGGGACUUCCAUCCAGGGAAGUACAUCAUAGACAAUAUAGUGGACAGCAUCCACAAUAGCCGGCAUACCAUCUGCAUCAUCAGCCGUAAAUACCUACAAAGUGAGUGGUGCUCGAUGGAGAUCCAGUUGGCCAGCUAUAGGCUGUUUGAUGAGCUGAAGGACGUGCUGAUUCCGAUUUUCCUGGAGGACAUUCCCAAGAAGGAACUUUCUGUCUACCACCGGAUGCGGAAGGUGAUGUUGAAAAAAACAUACAUCAGUUGGCCCGUGGACCCUGAGGCUCAGAAACUGUUCUGGGCUAAGCUGAGAUUCGCUCUGAAGGGCAGCCACUCAGACGAGGAGGAAGUAACCCACUGGUUCGAUAAAGAAGGGAAGCCACUUUUGGAAUCCCCUUCCAAGACGGAGAAGGUUGAUUUCGCUCCAAGACACUAA